CAGAUCACAGAGGUUCUGUAAUCUGUGCCACAGACUACAUACUAUUUAUUUGGUCAACACACCUAACCCAAUUCUUAGUUUAAAGUUUGAUUUAGAAAAUUUGCAAAAUUAGGAUGUCUUAACAAUUAUGAGUGGAAGCAAUGUAAAAGAGGCAAUAAAUGUCUGCAAUAAUGUGGUUGGUCUUUACAGAGACCUGCUUAACUCCUAUGUAUCAGACUUUUAUAUAGAAAAUCACUGGAAUUUGAAAGUUUCCAACAGCUGGAAAAACUUCCUUGAGGAAUUAACAUUUGUUCAGGUUUCUGAACUUUUAAAUUAUGAUUCGCAGUCAUUGACUUAUGUGGCUCCAUUAACACUUUUGUGCCUUCAAACGAUACUAAGAAAGUUCUCUAUUCAAAGGAAGCAAGUUAAUGUUCCAGAAGUGUUCAAAAUAGAUGACCAGUUGAUGAAAUUGCUAUGGAAGAACGUGAAGUUGAAGAAACGGCAUGAAAUAGAAUUGAUGUCUCGUAUAUGUUAUCAAGCAGCUUUGAAGACGAAUUGUUUCAACAUUGUUGAUGUUGGCUCAGGAUUGGGGCAUUUGAGUCGUUUGUUGGCUUUCAAGUAUGGUUUUAAUGUCUGCACAUUUGAGGCAAACAGUGUCUUGGUGAAUUUGGCAUUAGAGCUUGAUAAUAAGAUCGCUAAAAGCUUGAUUUCGAAACACAUUAAAUAUAUAAAUGUAGUUAAACCUUUACAUUCUAGCAGGCGAAUCGAAGAAACCCUUUCAAGUGAAGACUUCCUCUUUGCUGUGAAAAAAGCGUUCGCUAACAACCAAAAUAAUUUUCAGUUUGGAAUUGUGGGUCUGCAUCCAUGUGGAAAUUUAGGAUCAACACUACUUCGUCUUUACAGUGAAUCAUCAGGCGCCAAAUUCAUCAACAUAGUUAGUUGUUGCUACAUGAAGUUGUCAUUAGAUCCAGCCUCCCACUGUGGGUUUCCAUUAAGUGCAUUUUGCAAACAAACUGACUACCAGUUGGACUAUUUAUCAUGUGAAACAGCCUGCCAUGCAAUAGAAAAUUAUGUAGACAAGAUAAAAAUUACUGGCUACCAGCACUUGAAAAUCCACUCGUUUCGAGCAGCUUUAGAAUGUCUUUUAGCUAAGAACAAUUUAAGGCAUUCGGCUGUGGGGAAUGUGAAAUAUGAAACCGGACUGUCCUUUAGAGAGUACUGCCGUAAAGCUACAAAAAAGUACGAUUUAACAUUUUGCCCUAGUGAUCUGGAAAUGUAUGAGAAUCUGGUGGAUGCCACUUGGGUACAAGUUGUUAAAUUUUACUCUCUCAGGCUACUCUUAGCGCCUUUAGUAGAGUCCAUCAUUUUAUAUGAUCGAUUGUUUUAUUUAAAGGAAACUCAAAGCCACUGUGAUAUUAUGCCUGUUUUUGACUCACACAUUUCGCCUAGAAAUCAUGUUUUGAGUGCACGUAAAAUUGCCAGACCGAUCCACAAGUAGCCUUAGUUGUUAAUGCUUGAAUAUUUUAUAAUAAACAUGUUAUAUCGA